AUCUUGCACAACAGAACCGUCACUGCGGCUGCUUCUCAGCUCAGUUCAGAAAUGGCGAAAGAUGAGCACAAACUGGUUGUUACUUCUGCUUGUGCAACGGUGGUAAUAUUCUCCCUAUUCUGCUCUUCAUUUGCUGAGAUCAUCUUCGAGGAGCGGUUUGACGAUGGAUGGCAGAGCAGGUGGGUGAAGUCUGAUUGGAAACGGAGCGAAGGGAAAGCUGGAUCAUUUAAGCACACUGCAGGAAAGUGGAAUGGGGAUCCUGAUGAUAAAGGUAUUCAGACGGCCAUUGAUGCUAGGCAUUCUGCCAUAUCUGCCAAGAUACCGGAAUUCAGUAACAAGAAUAGGACCCUGGUUGUUCAGUAUUCCAUUAGAUUUGAGCAAGACAUAGAAUGUGGUGGGGGUUACAUAAAGCUUCUUUCGGGUUUUGUUAAUCAAAAGAAAUUUGGUGGUGACACGCCUUACAGUAUGAUGUUUGGACCAGAUUUAUGUGGCACACAGACGAAGAAAAUCCAUGUCAUACUUUCAUAUCAAGGUCAAAAUUAUCCCAUCAAAAAGGAUCUCCAAUGUGAAACUGACAAGUUAACUCAUUUCUACACAUUCAUUCUUCGGCCUGAUGCAUCGUACAGUCUCCUGAUUGAUGGCCGAGAAAGGGAGUCAGGAAGUAUGUAUACUGACUGGGAUAUUCUACCUCCUCGCAAAAUAAAGGCCGUGAAUGCAAAAAAGCCUGCGGAUUGGGAUGAUAGAGAAUACAUAGAUGAUCCAAAUAAUGUGAAACCUGAGGGAUAUGAUUCUAUUCCAAGAGAAAUACCCGAUCCAAAUGCAAAGGAGCCUUAUGACUGGGAUGAAGAUGAAGAUGGAAUAUGGAAAGCUCCCAAAAUCCCAAAUCCAGCAUACAAAGGACCAUGGAAGCCAAAGAGAAUAAAGAACCCUAACUAUAAAGGGAAGUGGAAGAUUCCUUGGAUCGAUAAUCCUGAGUUUGAAGAUGAUCCUGAUCUUUAUGUUCUGAAGCCCAUUAAGUAUGUUGGCAUCGAAGUUUGGCAGGUAAAAGCAGGUUCCGUUUUCGACAACAUUCUAAUAUGUGAUGAUCCUGACUAUGCAAAGAAAGUAGUGGAGGAAGUAUUAUCUAACCGGGAGAUCGAAAAAGAAGCCUUCGAGGAAGCUGAGAAAGUGAGAAAAGCAAAGGAAGAAGAGGAGUCCCAGAGAGCAAGAGAAGAAGGUGAAAGGAGGAGAAAAGAAAGGGGUCAUGACAGGAGGUAUCGGGACCGGGAACGACACAAGGACAGAUACAGGAGGCGCCAUGACUACAUGGAUGACGACUAUCAUGAUGAACUUUGACAGGCUUGUAUGAUUUCUGUGCUCCACACAUGGCAGCUGUGUAUUAAUCUACAAUACAGGUACUGCUAUGUCGAAAUAUUGUCAUCUUUUUAGGACGGAUUCAAGUUUAAACAUAUGAUUAAUUCAUCGGGGUGGGGCGGGGCGUUGCUCGUAUCUCACAACUUGAGAUGUUGAAUUGCAGCCACUUUGGAUAUAUGUGUGAAUUUUCUUACCAUUGGGAAACCUGAAAUGAACCAUGGAAUCAAAUAUUUAACAUGACUUAAAGGUUCUUUGGAUAUUUUGAGUGA